CGUAAAACGCAUGCUGCCUGGACCCGGGAAUAACAACAAACAGCUGCAUUCGCCAAACGUUGACAUUUCUUAUUGUUCUGUAUUGGUGUCGUUGCUCGUUGUUCGCAGACAUGUCUGGAAAGGCCAAGGAUAUCCUGAAGCUGGAUCUGUAUGGUUUACUCGGUAUUGACAUCACUGCUACAUCGAAAGAGAUCAAGAAAGCGUAUCGACAGAAAGCCUUGACAUGCCAUCCGGACAAGAAUCCAGACAACCCAAAAGCAGUGGAGCUCUUCCACCAGUUGUCCCAGGCUCUCGAGGUGUUAACUGAUGCUGCAGCCAAGGCUGCCUAUGACAAGAUCUGCGCUGCCAAGAAACAAGCAGAAGCAAGAAACAGGAAGUUAGAUGAUAAGAGAAAGAAAAUCAAGCUUGACUUGGAGACCAGAGAGCAACAAGCAGACGCUCAGAGCCAGGAUGAGGUGCAAAACACUAGAACGCUUGAAGAAGAGAUAGCCCGUUUGAGAGAGGAGGGAUCCCGGCAGCUUGAGGAGGAACAGAGGCUCAUCCGGGAGCAGAUCCAGAGAGAGAGAGAAGCACAGCAGCAGCAAACGGGAGACGGACAUUCAGGAGUGGAGGGAUGUUUUAAGAACAAUGUGACCCCCAAAUUGAAGUUAAAGUGGAAGUGUAAAAAAGAUGACGAGACGAAUGGAGGCUACUCUCAAGACAUUCUUUUCACACUCCUGCAAAAGUAUGGAGACGUUUCGAAUGUGAUCAUAUCGAGUAAGAAGAGAGGAAGCGCUGUGGUUGAAUUUGCAAACGUGAGAGCAGCUGAGCUGGCAGCUAAAAAUGAAAUUGGCCUGAGUAAAAACCCCUUGAAGAUUUCGUGGCUGGAAGGACAGCCCGAGGUUAUUGCUCCAGCUUCUCAACCUGGCCAGUUCAUAUCCUCACAGGGCGCCAUGGCAAACGAGCGCGACUAUGAGAGCGUGGUGAUGAUGAGGAUGAGGCAGGCCGCUGAACGUCAAAAGCUCAUAGAACAAAUGCAGAGAGAGGAUGACGAGGAGGCUGCCGGAGCGUGGGAUGACUGAGGGAGGCACAGAGUAGAGAAGAAGUGAGGGCUCCUGCAGCGCAGACAGAGGUAUGAGUCCUAAUACUGAGGCUGCAGGGGUGACUCAUUACUGCUCACUAUCUAGUGUAAACAUGUCGUGUCAAUAUUGAGGCCAAUUCUAUUUUUACAAGUUAUUAUUGAUCAACAUUUUAUUUGUUCAAAAUAAACGGUGCAUGCUUGCAUCAUGUGCUGUAUGUUUGCAGUUCCACCCGUUUCAGAAUUUAGUCGGAUGACUUGAACAUUUAGUUCGCUGCAAUAAACUGAAAUUUCAUCUAAAUGUAUUUGAUUAAAUUUCCACGUUGUCUCAUUAGUUUCUAUAAUAACAACCCUGAGAACUGAUAAAUGAGUUCUAGAUCUGAGGCACCCAGUGAGUAUUUUUCGUCUUUAUUCGUCAUGUUGUGAACGGGCCAGAGGAGAUCUAUAAUGAUACAUGAAAAUAUCGGUAUAAUGAUGUAAUUUGCAUCUGUCUGGCUGGAUGUGACCAACUCCUUUCCUUCCUUAUUGUAGCCAGGUGCCGAGUGUAACCUUUGCUCUCUGUUGUCUGCACACGCGUUCAGUAACAGUUGUAUCGUUCCAAACAGACCGUGCGAUGUGAAUACGUGGAAGUUAAACCAGUAAUCAGGCUUUCAGAGGUAGGAACACUAGAUCGGCUUUUGUAAGACUUCUUGUUGCCUCACGUGAUGACAAGACGCACUCUGAAGGCCCUCCGUCAUUGGUCUGGUGAUUAAAAUGAUUGUUUCCUCGGCUCCAGCUUAAGAUUGAAUGGACAGACAUGAGAGUAGUAGCGGUCUUCUCGUCUAACUCUCAGCAAAUAACUGUUGCUUUGGUCGCACGCUGAAAGGCUUUUCAUUGAGGAGUCCUGAAACGCUCUCUGAGCGACUUUUACCUCGUGAUAACUGCUACACUAAGCAUGAGCAGUACAUGAACUUCCAUUUAGCCGUCGCACAUGAUUUUGCAGCAAUAGUUGUGCUUGUUUUUGGGGGCAACCUACCCACCUCAGUGUUUCCAUUUCAUUCACUUCACUCCAGCCUCGGUCCUGAUGCAUCGCGUCACAUGUCGUGGACCAUCUUUAAUUUAAAAACAUGCCUCUUGCUUCAAAAACAACAAACACAUUUUCUCUUAAGUCAGGCUAUUAUUCUAAGCUGUGUUCCAAUAGGCCUAUGUAACAGAUGCCUAGUAAAUACUCUGCAUUGCUUAUGUGUGCCCUCUGAAGUGUCACGCUACCGCUCUGUGACCCGCAUUAAGUCAGACGUUACAGUGCCAAACUGUUGCGGUCACUGUUUGUUUUGUUCUGCCUGUGGAACAUCUAUCCAUCCAAAUAGUCUCAUUUCCCUGUCCCUCGGGGGGACUAUGGCGUAAUGCUGCGUCUGUGUUUGUGGGCCCGUGUUUCUCCUGUCAUUGCGUUAUUUAGGAGCCACAUGGCAACUUCGCACCGUCCAACCCACUCAUCCAUCUCUCUACCACCAAUGUCCAGCUGUGGAGCGGAGCGAUGUGGUGGGAGACAUCUGCUCCUCUCCUCCUGCAAAAUCCCCUCAUCACAUGGUUUUGUUUAUGCAUAGCCUUUUUCAUAUCCCGGCAAUGUGUAAAAAAAAAAAAAAAAAAAAGAAGAAGCCGAGGAACACAAACUCUGUCCAAAUGACAACAGAGGAAAUACAAUUACCGGAAACACAUUCACCACCAACCCUGCCGUGUCCUACCAACAUUACAGCACAGCCCUGGAAUCUUCAUAGUGUCUUCUUCCGUCCCGUUUUCCUUAUUAUGUUCCGAGUCAAAACCUGUCACGUCUUUGUAUGCAAACAGCAAAUGGAAUCUCCGUGGUCACGGUACUGGGACGCACCAGCAUCGUUUGAUCUUUAGUACAGAGGUGGAAGCUAAGUCAUGUGUGAGGCAGCAGGACUGGUAAGAGUUUUUGCUGUAAGCUGGCUGGAAAAGUUUCUGGUUUGCGGGUUAGUGAUCCGGGCUGGCCCCAGACAUGUGUUCACAGACCUGGGGCUGUGCUGAAACCACCCAGUGUUUUUUGGCUCUCACAGGCCGAGUGUGCGUGCAGUGCUAGCGCCUCAUCUUUGGGCAUGCAGCAUCCCCCCGUAAGGUGCCACGGAGCUGCGAGGGCUCCCAAUAAAAGCAUGUUUGUCAUUUGUCUGUUUGAUCGGGUUAUCAGAAGUAUCCUUUGCAGCAGGAUUUCAAAUUGUUUUCUUCUAUUCACAAGUACACAAUCAAUCCACAUCAUUAGAUCAUUUAAUCAUACGCAUAUGAUACACUUGCAAAAAACAUCUUUACACAGUGCUUUAAGUACAAAUACGUCUAUCUGGCGUAUUGUAGGUCUUUUGCUAAGGCUGAAUUUAGAGACAUUCCUUUAAGUUUUACUGGCAAAUGAUUAACAAUUAAACUGGACCUUACUCUCGCAACACUUGGUCACCACUAGUAAAUAGCAAACAAUAUGGGCAAAGGGCCUUAUAAAAUGCCUGGAAUGUAGUUUGGUAUUCCCUUGAAAUUGGUGACCUGUCACCUAUUGAAGGUAAUCUGAAACCUUACGUCUGGGAUAAUCUCAAUUUUAGGACUUUUAUUUUUACUAUGACAAAAGUUCCUCAGCAUGAUUCAUUCAUCCUUUCAAAGGCUUCGAGAGGCAUUUCCAUACAGUCAAUACUCGCUCCAUCACUCCGUCUCCUUGUGGAGGCACCACACCAGCGUCUGUCCCACCCCCGUCAUCGUCAGCACGCGGAAGCCCAUCUUCUCCAGCUUGUCCAACACCAGGCGAGGCGGGUCGUCCACAUUGUACUCGGAACUAAAUAAGCAUAAACACAAAGUCAUUCAACUUUCCGCAGAUGUGGGAUUUCUCCGUGUUUCAGUAAACUUUGCUUGGAAAGUAGAACGCUGUUAAUUGUUCUGGUGCUUGUUCACUUCCUUCCACACCUUGGUUCAUUUCCCAGCAGCAUUUGAAUCAGAUUGCCAAUGACAACACUUCCCUGAUCUGUAUUGUAUCAGCUUGAACAGUUUAAUCUAAAUCUGCAGAGCCAGCAGCCUUCCUCAGCCACAUUGGAUGGGGUUUUUUUUUUUCCUCCAUGUGACCUGAUCUCAGCCCUGUCAUCAAUAUGUACACGUUAACUGCCAAAAUGAAAGAAAAACCAGAGUUAAGUGCCUAAAUAUGGAAACAUGGUGUGACCAUUACAGCUUAUUCUCCCCGUUUGUGAGAUGUUCUCAUUAAAAUGGUCAAAUCAGGAUAGAACUACUUCAUCCCGUGAGACAUUUAAAUCUUGGUGCUUUUAUGGCCCAAGUGAGCCGAACAAUGCCGACAAAUCUCAUCCGUUUACUCUUUGUCGUCAGAUAUUGCCCACAUUUGACAAGUUACCUGCCCCAUUCACUGAAUGUCCAACCCACUUAAAUAACUGACUGUCCCCGAUGUGCAAUACUCACAAAUUGUUCCCCAGCAUGGUUGUCUUCCUUGCUCCUAGGGAAUUCAUGACAGCUGGAUCCGAAUAUUCAUCUCCCACAUUUGUUGGACCAGUCUCCUGCAAGAAGUGAUGAAGUACAUUGACUAUACAGCUGAUGGUUUGCUUAAGAUUGAUUUGAGAUGCCAAUGCUUUUGAAAAAAACAAACAAUAUCUGUUAUGUGUGCAGCUCUGGCUGCGUGUCACUGGCUUCCCCUGCAGCCCUCUGAUCAUAAUCUCUAAUAACUAGGCAGGCUAAAAAUAGAUCACCAGAUACUCAGGCUAUAGCAUUAGGUUGCUAAAUGAACAGCUCAACAGCUGAGGAACAUGUGUUUUUGAUUUAGGGCACCCUAGCAAAAAACAAAAACCCGCUUGUAGCCUUGACUGUUUGUUGUUUCCAGCAUGCAGAAUAUUACAGCACGCUGCAGAACAGCAAUCUGAUUGAGUACUGGUUUGCGCCACGUUGCUCUGGCAAACAAACAAAUCCCUCAAUCUCCGUCUCGAGCGCGUCUCUUCUAAAAGCACGACACGAGUCGGUUACAGAUGGCGAGAUACACACCAGUCGGAUCUGCGUACUGACGAACAUGUAAGGCAUCCCUGCUCCCUGGCGACGGACCGCUAUUCCUCUGGGGUAUCACCGAGGAGGGCUUCUUCACAGACGCGACGGUCCCCCUCUCCGGUAUGCGCUCCUGACGAAAAGCUCUUCCCGGAAUGCGGAAAACACCCACCGCGACGGACCAAUCGCAGCUCUCCUCGCGGCAUCUGUCAACAGCGUUGCACGCUCGGUGCUUGAAAGUCUUGCUCAAUUGAUGCGAUCACUUUGUUUGUUGACUUGAGAAAUGUUGGCCGGUGUGCAUGUAGGCGCACCGGAGGAAAUGCCUUUCAUGCCGAGUUCUCGUUAUUCAGAAUUACACGGCCUCAGUACAGAGGUCCCUUGUACAAUCCCAUCAUGCUGUGGCCGAUACAAGUAGAUGUGUCGUCUAGUAUUUUAACCUGCAGUGCUGUUCAGUCCUUUUAGCUUCAGAAGGCUCGAGUCUACAAAAUGACAGUUCAGCCAACUGCAUGACGCGUUUUCCUUUUUAUCCCAGGCCUGGAUUUUUGCAAAGUCAUAUAUUUUUGAAACAAUACAAUUUGGUUCACGAGGAUUCAGUUUGCACAAUACAUUUGCUAAGAAAAGAAACACGCUGUCUGGAACUCUAAUUUCCUCCUCAGAGAUUUAUUAAUUUCCUCCUCAGCACAACAGUAAUAUUUUUGGAUCAGCCUUGUUGAGGGGGGGUGAAAGACAUAGACCCAAGGCAAACAACAAUGGCGAGGCCUUUGAUAAAAUCAGCAAUAUGAAUGUAAUGUCCCACUGAUGCCAGAGGAGCUCAACGGACAUCCAGCAAGGCUCUGCAUGUCAUGCUCAGUGGGAAGGGUCAUUUAAAGCCUUGAUGUUGUGAGACAUGAAUCCGAGCAAACCAGAGCCCGUUCAGUAGCGCCCUGCACCACAAUCAAUGGUGAACACAUCAUCCUCGCCCAAGUGGUUUACCAUGAGAUAAGAUGUUUGUUUGUUUUAGAUUUUAUCAUAUAUUGUUGCCACAUUUGACACAGCUCUGCAUUGUGACAACGACUGAAUACUGUUUACUGUCGAGUGUGUCUGACAUGAGAGUGUCAUGACCCCCUGAGCUGAUCUAGAGCCUGUAAUCUGGGGCCCCUUCGCUCAGAGGGACACAGGUGCUUGGUGAGGAUUGCUGAGAAGAUUGCCACCUACUGGCUUCCAAGAUGAUUGUCAUCCAGUUUGUGUUGCUUGUCUCUUUGAUUUUUUUUUUCCCACCACAUCUUUCACAUUGGUUAAAAAGACGUUCACAUACUGAACAUUUGAAUUCGUAAAAACUGUCACACUGCUUUUCCCUUUGGGAAACAGCCACAUGUUGAUCGACAAGUUGUUGUCUUGGCUUUCGGUAGCCUUAAGUGAUGAACGAGCUUCCAUCUGACUCCUCCGUGGUGUGAAAAUAGAAAGGCGUUUUCCUCUGGAAUGCCGCUUUUCCACUGUUUUAUCUGUUCCCGCUAACCUGAGACCUACUUCAGCAAAAGAAAACAGGAAAAGCAGCAGGGUCGUCGCCAAGGUCCCAAAAAUAAACUAUAGAGACCCCCCCCCUCUUGCCAAAAGAACACUCUCUCCAAACAUGUUCAUACCCGAGCCACUUCCUGGACUCCAGCGGUGUCUUCCUGCACCGGCUCAUCUGCUGCUAGUUAUUGAAGUGCGGGGUCACCUCCUCUGGGACCUGUGGUGACAGUGGAGCACAUCCCUAGCGGGUCCACAGGAAGCAGUUUGAUCUUUUGAUGAGGCCUUUGCCUUUGCCUUCACCUUCUCGGCUAAAGUGUGAUGGCGUGUUGCCGCAGCGCCUCCGUCAAAUCAGCUACUAAUGUAUAAAGAAUCUUCUGCAACUUAAGAAAUACAACCUCAUAGGGUUCAACAUGUAUUUGUUCUCUACACUAUAGUCAUACAAAUGUAAAUACCACAACUAAAUACCAUAGCAGCUGGUAAUGCGGCACUCUAAAUACUGCAAAAUAUUUCACAUUAUAUUGUAUAAUUAUUGACAUGAAAGCUUUAACUGGAGCUUAUCCUGCAACAGGUUCGGGAUUGAUUUAAAUAUCCGUCUUUACGUACCCUGUAAUGUAUGUUGUAAGCGUAAAAAUUAAAAUUGGAAGUGAAAAACAAUUAUUUAAUUCCACACAGAAACAUAUAUUUAACAUGUGCUAUUUAUUCAAAAUAGAAACAAAUCAUCAGAUCAGCACAGUGUCUAAAUCCCAAGGCCUCAGAUAUCCCACACACACAACAUCGAGCUCUCUGUGAUAAAUGUGUCGGAUGGAUUUACUCGUGUAUUUUGCUGAAGACCUGCACAGGAUAGCUUUAAAUCGCUUAGUGGGGACUGAACGGGAAUGAAUUAUACAGCAGGCGGUGUGUGUGCACGAUGAUUUACUGUAGGUAUGUGUUGGAGUAUUACUUCCAUUAUUCAGCGGAGAGAUUUAAACUGUGGGAGAGCAGAGACAACAGGCAGCUCCUCUGAUAGAUUGGGUGUUAGGGUUACACUCUGUAUCGGUUUACAUCUGCUUAAUUGUGAUGAAUCACUGUAUUGUUGGGCCAUGCAUUUCUUCUCGAGACUUUUGCAUUUAUACUUCUGUGUGUCUGCGACUGCCUGUGAAGUGCUAGUUCCCCUCUGCAGCGCUCCACAGUCCCUCCUCUGCAAGUAGAUGCAUCACUGACCUCCUUUCCUUUGCUGUUUUCCAGAUUGCACCCAGCAGCUUAUCUAAAGUGUCUGCAAGCUGCAGAGAUAUUACCCCGCAGCCCUAGCAGGGUUAAACCCUCCGCUCUUCGUCUCUUCUUUUUUCACCCGGCCUCACCUCUCUUCCUACUCACUGAUAGAUGAGACCGCUGGCUCGAGGAAUCACACAACCCAACAUCGCGGUCCGUGCAUCGCUGUGAAACAUGUCAGGCGCUGUCACCAGGUUAACAUUCUGUUGAGAAAAACCAGGAUGCGGUUUCCGCGGUUGUGCAUACUGGGAGGGUUUGUUUAGGGGGACUUUCUCUCAGUGAUUAAGACUAAUGUCAUCAUCAAGGUUUGGAACAACACGUUGUUACACAGUGGGCCUUUUCCUCUCAUCACAUCGACUCAGAGCUUGAUUUUGUGCAAGGAGCAUGUCUCUGUGGGCAGCUACAACUGGGAUCGAUUGGACUAUUAGUAACAGGAAACAACAUAAUGCAUUAUAAACACAGAGGGACAGAGGAGAGAUUUCAGACGGCUUGAACGUAUCCAUAUAGCCUAGUUUGAGGUUCAGCAUUCCUCAUCCUCAUCUGUGUUGCAUCCCAGUGAGUUUGACCACAGUAAUGUUCAUUUAGUAGACAAAGCUUUCUCUGGAUGUUUUAGAAAAAUAGAAAGAACAAUUAUCCUCUUUGGAAAUGUGAAUCAUUUUGACCUCGGAGUCAUUUCCGGUCUUCCAGAAAGCUAAAGGAGCAAAUGUUCAAGAUCCUUUGGGAUUUAUUAGCAAAUCAGUGGCUAUAAACUGAUGACUUAUACAUUUUUUUUGUUCAGACAUCAGGCAUUCAGCCUAACUUAUGAUUCAAAUGUACAAUCUCUGGUGGCGAUUGUUGUUUUUUUUCUUGUUCUUGGGAAAUGAGGUAGGCUUCCUAAAUAUCUAAACCAUCCCAGGCUCACCACCACUCUUCAGCUCAUUCAUUAUGUUUUAUUUCCUGCUAUUACCAGAUCAUUAAAGUGUUUAUUGCCAACUCUCCCCCAAAGUCAAACAUUUGUUUGAAUACCGUGAAAUUAAAAGAGGGAACUAAGUGAACAAUGUUGAUACUUGUAAACUUUUAUAGCCUAAAAUGUUUAUUUAAAAAAACAGUCAAUUAUGGCUUGAAUUCAGUACAUUUUACAGUAGUUAAAUACACCUUUUCCUAAAGAAUCACUUUUAUAUUCAGUAGCGCUUCUGUCUGAGGUGUAACUGUGAGUAUGUCUGAGAAAUUAGUAAUGCUCUAAUAAUCAAUGUUCACGUGAGAUUUGCAUGGAUAGAGAGGGAGUUGAAGCUUGGGGCCUUGAAUUAAUUCUAUUUCAAAAUUGUAUUGUGAUUACUUCACAGGCAUCAAAAUACAUAAUCUCAGUGCAUCGUCAAGUCCUAAUCUGAAUAGGGCUGACCGUAUUAACCGUCACAGCAUGUCAGUACAUCUGUAAAGUAAUAUAGAAGGACAGGGAGAUGGAUAAUUGUACAGAGGGAGAGAGAGAGAGAGGAAUGACAACAUGGAUGCAUACCGCUAGGACUGAUUCACAUCAUGAUUCCCAUCAGGCCUGUGGUUAUUAUCAUGUUUUUUAUUAUAUGUUGCAGCAUGUGGUUGUUGUUUAUGAACAAGUCCGGCAGAGGUAAUCUGCUCAGUGUAUCACCGGAGCCUCGCUACGCGAUGAAUGGCUGCUCCGAGAAAAACAACUACGACAAUGAGCUUGGCAGGAACGAAGGGACAGCUUGACUUUGUUUAAUACAAAACAACAACAGCCAGACUGCGCAAAAGCUACCCUGGCAGGUUCCCCUAUAUCCUACAGGGAGCUCUGAGAAGUUGACUUAAGAUGGAAAGUGUCUCCUCGGCUAUACCGUUGUGUCACAGCUGCUUUGCGUAGUGGUUAACAUCUACAUGUAUUCCUGUCUUUUUCGUCACCCACUUCCUGCAAAUGACUUCUGGUGAUCACUUGUUAAACUCGACCUAAUGUGAGGGCUGCAGUGUUUGUGAUUUAUUAGGACCGUUAAAUCCUUAACGAGCGUGCGCCGGCUACAGAGGCAGACGCGACACUGUCCAACUCAAAGCCCUAAAAUGAUUUUCCAUUAAUAAAUCAGGAGAACCUUGAAAUGAAGAGCCUGACUGUCUGCUAAAUAUCCGGUCGGGGAAAGAACGGUAUGAACAGAAUAUCCAGAUGCAAAGUGGUCUGUGAUAUUGCAACCCACAGUCAACAGCAUACUCACGUGAAGGAGGAAAACUUCCAUAGCUGUGUGGCCUUCACUUGCCCCCCGACAACAAAGGGGGGGGGGGAAAGAGAGCAACAGGCGAUGAGAGUCAAUUAUGUGACCGUGAUGUCAUGGUAGUACUGGCUCCGAUCAAGACCAUAUGUCUUAUGGGGUUCCCUUGCUAUUCUCCGUGCCCUGCAUCCUUCACACCACAAACUGGGUGUUCAGGCUGAGUGUGAUUGGGAGUUCAGGUGACGUGUACAAGUCAUGUGCAGCGCAGUAAAAACAAGUUGUAUUAAAAACAAUUCUAUUGCCGCAAUCAUGCAGAACACCACUUCAACGCGGGAUGAUAAUAAAUGACCAUCUGGCAGUGUGAUUUUAUUGUCUUGUUGUGACAGAUAACAAGUAAAUUACCAUCUCGGGUCUGAAGGGAACCCAUCCGACCGACAUCUGACCAUUUAAACACGAUUUCUGGGUUUUGAGGUGCAUUCAGAUGGUCUCGACUAUCGUGAGCAACUCAGUGGGAAGUGGAAAUGUUAUGGAUUUACAAGAUGAUAGAUGGAGUCGAGGGCAGAAAGUCACAUUCUUAAAUGUAGUGUGGUUGCGAUGGUUGCUGUGUUCCCAGACCAAUAGCUCACUGACACUUAUCUAAUUCAUAAUUUGCUGCUUUAUUAUAAGCUUCAACCAAAGCAUGGGGUCACGGGGGAGACAUGGAUACCCACACUGCUGCACACAAGUAUAUUUGCUAUUCAUGUUUGUAUUUUCACUCCAUUUCUCAGUCUGUCUCUAUCUCCCUCUGUAUUAAACCGAGUGGGAGGUUGAGUAAUGAGGCUUAACAUGUAAUCCAGACCUCCCUUUCUUAUCUUUGCUUGUUCUCUUCUUUGUUUUCACUCCUCCUACCUCUAACCGCUUCUUAGAAAAGUCUGGGUUAUCUUCAACACUCCUCUUUUCAUCUUAACCCAAAUUGCAUUCCACAUAAGUCAUAUCCUCCUUAUCUCCUAUCAGCACUCGUGUUCAUGGGUCACUUUAGGAUGCUGGGAUGUCCCAGAUGCAUUCUCCCGUGUUGCUCAUGAGCUCGUGAACACUUGCAGAUGGGAGUUAAGAGUUACAAGCUUGGAGCUUUUGCAGAUUUAUAACUAAAAUUUUGCCUUCAAGUCAAGAGCAGUAAAUUAGAUUGUUGGAAAAUCUGGAGCGAUAGCAGUUUCCUCGAUUUGGCUUCCCAGACCCACCCUACUUAGAAAUGGUCAUGGAAACACCAUUCUGUAUCAAAAAACAUAAUUUCACUGAUAGACACAGUUUAAUGAAUUACGCAAAACAGCAUAAUAUUGCUUUCCAAAAGGGAUGAUUAAGUAUGUUUCACUUUUUUUCACAUUUUAAUCCUCCGCAAGCAUAUGCAACGUGAUGUCAACCAGCUGCGAUAGUGUGUGGCUGGAAUUGUUUUCACCUUGCGAGUCUCUGUGUGUGUCGUCAGGGGAAAAUGUGGCAUCACAACCAGCGGUGUCGUGGCCGUUGAUGAGGUGGGUUCACUACUAGGUGGCAGUGGUCCAAGCAAGGCCGUGGAAGUAGGGUGUAGGAAGCGGAGAAGUGGCCAUUGUCUCCCUAUUUUAGAUCCCUGGCCUGAUUUGACAUCGCUGUUGGUGUGAUCCCAUCGCUAGAGGGUCUCUAGUGGUAGUUACGUUGAACUCAGGGUUCUACGAAUAUUAACUAACACCAUUAAGAAGAAGCUAAAUCUUCACAAUUAAGGCAAAAAUCAUCAUUUGUUUAAUCAUGCUGUCCCAUGUGCACCCAUGUGGUAUGCGCCCUAACCACUUGCUGUUUGGUAGCCCUGCUGACACAUAUAUAUGUGACAUAUUGUUGUUGGAAGGUCUUCCUGUUUGGUUUUAUUAUAUUAUCAUCAUAUUUUAUUUUCUGCAUAAGUAAAUAUAUCAAUUAAAAGUUGAUCACUCACAAAAAAACAACACCACAUGUGGCACGCAGGGCUUUGACUACUGAAUAGCAACAAGUGAUGUUAAGCUAUUAAAAUGCACUGUUAAAUUGAAUUUGCAGCAUAAUAAGGAAAACUAAGCAUAAUCACAAGCGGGUUAUUCAUCGAGCAUGGAUAUAACCUUAGUUAGGAAGUGCAGCUGUUCAACAUCGCAUGGAUGUUUCUUCUACGCCCGUACACCGGGGAUCACAGAGGUGAGAGGUCAGAAAAUCCAACAGGGAACUUCCGACGUUGCACAAAAAUAAAGAAAAAGCAAGUUAGACAUGUCAGACACAGUGUAAAGUUAAAUCAGCUUCUAUGUGAUUGAUCAGUGACAAAGUGACACAAUAGGAAAAAGGGAGAAAACUACAAAGAAGAGCUAUUGAUGCAAAAUCUAACUGUACUGCCAUCUUACCGCAGUCAGCGGCUGCAUUUCUGUUCAAUAUUUUCAGAUUGAAUCCUGAAUUAAUCCACAAUAUACUCAUCUGAAGUAUUCUGUUGGCCUUAGUUUUCCAAGUGCUGCAGUUCUGAGCGAGGAUACCAAAACAAUUGACAAAGACGUGUGCUGCAAGAUGAGAAAGAUUAGUACGAGGCAUUAUUCUCUCUCGUGCUGAGUGCUCCUGUGGUGUUCCAGGAAAGACGAGCUUGACUCUGAGCUGUUAUCCUGUUGACUCAAAAGCCACAAAGGCGGCUCCCCUUUCCCCCUCUCCUUCCCCAUCUCCUUCAUUCCAAAGCUCGUCUCCUCCAGCUCUCCCUUCCCAGUCCUCCGCAUGCAUCCAUUCCCUGCCAUUUAGAAUCCCCCCCCCCCUCUCCUGUCACGGCCCUCGUGGGUUGCUUCCCAUCUUUUCCCCUUCGUCUCAGUGCACACUCCGAAUGCACCAGCCCGGGGUGAGUGGCUGCUUCUUAUUCCAUGUCAGAGCCAUCCCAACUGGGCCACAGCCUAAUGAUUCAUUUCCUCAAGAUACAGUGAGAAAAUCACUUUCAGAGUUUAGAGCAAGCAAUCGAUGCAGCAUGAGUCUCGCAUGCCCUCUCUGCUGUGUGGUGGAGCCAGGCACAGCGCGUCUACACGUGUGGAUACAACAGAGAGGCCGUGUGACCGGAACGCUGUGUGCCUCUUGUUGUACUCUUUAUUUCACAGGCAGCUACUUUGGCUCCACCAAGCCACAAACUUGAUUAAAAUGGUUUUUGACCAAAUGAACAUAUGGGUAUCAGAUGCUGUGCCCUCUGUCUUAUUGUACCGUCUCUCUAUUGGGCCUUUUCUGACAAAUUCUGGCACGUACACAAGUGUCAAAACACUCAUACACUCAUGCAAACGCACACGGACGUUCACUAAAUAUCCACUUUUUGCUCCUUCAAUCCGACACGGACACACACACACACACACACACACACACACACACACAUCCUGCGUAGCAUCUCCCUCUGGGUUUCUGGACCUCCCUGCAGCUCAAGCUGUGCUCCUUGGCCGUACAUACCGCGGCACAGAAAACACAGCGCCCCAGGAGGUUAUCGAGUGUGUGGAUGGAUGUGAGAAUGAAGGGAACAGGCAGCAGUAGACACGGUGCUCGCUCUGUGCAGUAUACCGUGUGUUUUCACAUGAGGGCGAGCGCAUUGGUGUAUGCAGCAUGUUUGUGCAUGUUAAGCACCAUUUAUCAGGUGGCUCCGUACGGCUGUGCAACCAGACCCCUGAUCCCCUCCCUCAGAGGAAACACUCCCACAACUCUCAGGUUCGCUCCUGGCUUCUUUUUCUUUUCUGCACUGUAAUGGCAUUUGUCUCGCCUUGUCCCGUCCA